ACAAAAAAUAAAAAUAAUUUUGCUGUUGUUUCAAAUUCAAAUAAAUAAUAAACUAAUUAUCUUUUGGUGAAUAUAUCACGUGAAACAAUAUUAAAACAUUUUAUUAUAUUAAAUCGAAAAAAUAUAAAAUGAAAACUCCACCACACAAGCGCGACAACAAUGAUGAUGUACAGGCCGCCAGAGGCAGAUUGCGUGGAGCUCUUAAUGACUCCUUACAAAAUCAAGAAGUUGAUGAUAUACCCGAAGACUACGAGGAGGAAGAAGAAGAGGAGGAACAACAGAUUGUACCCCAUCGUCAGCGUGGUAGACCGAAAAAAAUUCAGCCAACCACUGAACGUCUAUCACCUUCAGCUGGCUUUCUAACACCAAGUAAGAGACGUAAACGAGAACAUGCAGGAGGUUCAGGCGGACAGAAAAUACAGGCCGAAAGCUUUAUCAUGAAACUCUUUGAUCGCAGUUUAGAUUUGUCCAAAUACUCUGAACAAACUUCUCUCUAUCCCAUAUGUCGGGCGUGGAUGGCUAAUCAACCACGUAAUCCCAGUAUACGCAGUUACCGUGACACCAGAUCUCCCUCGCCCACCGAACGCAAAGACAAUGGUGCAGAUAUACUUUUAAAAUUACGCAAAAAAGAUUUGCGAGAUGUCACCAGCAUGCCAAAACCCAAAAAGACUGAUGUCCCCAAAAUUCCACCACCCACAGAGCAGCCCAAAAAAUAUAAUAAAUCCGAGGAACUUGUUGGCGCUGGUAAUAAACUGAAAGAUGGCACAAAAGAUGAAUUACUGGUGCAACACUUGGGUAAAUGGAAACAAGUUAAAAGCAAUUGGCAAAAACAUACAAAGGUCUAUCAAAAACGACAUGAUGUUAGUUAUCAAAUUCUGGAAUUACUCUUUAAACCGUGAGGGAUAUAAAAACAAAUAUUCAGAAAUAAAUUUAUGAAUAAAAAUAAGAUUUUGUAAUACGUUUUACAUUCUAUCACCAAAAUAAUAGCAUUGCAUGCUUUAUACUUUUAUUGAAAUAAAAAAAAAUUGUUCUAUUGUAAAAAUA